GGGUGCAGGGAUCAGGGGUCAUCAGUGGCCACCUCGAAGGGGAGGAGAUGAGGAGUCCUGGUCUAGGAUGUGUUCUGGGCUGGAAGGAUGAGUGUGGUCCAGACUGCCUGUGGGGGACAACAGUGAGGAAGGCCAGAGGUGCAAAGCAAAGCAUGACUCAUUGUGGCUAGUGGGGGUGGGAGUGUCUACAAGGAGGACAGGGCCAUGUGGUGUGGGGAAGGAAGGGCCUGGUGGGCCCAAGGGGAGCUGGGCCUCAUGUCUCAGCCCCUCAGCUCUGGGGGUUUGGGAGCCCAGCCUGAUAUCCCUGCAGCCCACAGAGUGAGAGUCCAGAAGUGUCACCACAGCACCUCUGCCAGCCUCACCAUGAAUCUGGAGCCACCCAAGGCCGAUUUCCGUUCAGCCACCAGGGUGAUGGGAGGACCUGUCACCCCCAGGAAAGGGCCCCCCAAAUUUAAGCAACGACAAACCAGGCAGUUCAAGAGCAAGCCUCCCAAGAAAGGCGUCCAAGGGUUUGGAGACGACAUCCCUGGAAUGGAAGGCCUGGGAACAGACAUCACGGUCAUCUGCCCCUGGGAGGCCUUCAACCACCUGGAGCUGCAUGAGCUGGCCCAAUAUGGUAUCAUCUAGAGCAAGACCCCU